CCCUCUCCACCCCGCCCCCACUGCUGGCCUCUGGGUCCCUGAGACCCUUUAACCUGUGAGGACGUGCAGGUUCACAGGUGAGGGUCUUGGGAGCCUGGAGUCUGGCCCGACCACAGCCUGGGGGGGAGCAGGCCUGACCUCUGACCCAGGGUGCCUGCCCCUCCCCCACCCAGGUGACCUCACAAAUGUCACUGAGCUGGGGACCGAGCCAUGGCCCUGCCAGCCUCGGCCCGUGUUGUGCCCCUGUCCCUGCUGGCGCUGCCCGGCCUGGGGGCCCCGGCCUGGGCAUGCCUCCUCUGCUUCACAGCCUACGCCGAGCGCCGGCGCGUCUGCCAGUUCUUCGUGGGCGCGGAGGGCCUCUUGCUGGACACGUGUGAGGAGGCAUUCCUCUCUGCCUUUGAGGGUCUCCUGGACAUCGAGAUCAACUACGAUGAGCGGAGUCACCUCCACGACGCCUUCACCCAGAUGACGCACGCUCUGCAGGAGGAGGCUGCGGCCGGUGAGUCCUUUGAAAUCGCCUUCAGAAAUGCAGCGGAAAAAAUGCUGACGGUCAUUGCACAGCUGAAGGAAGUCCAGGCCUGCAUCCCUCCCUGCGGACUGCAGGAGGUGGCCCGGCGGUUCCGCUGCCGCGGCUGCUACUCCGCCCUCUGCGACCUGCCCCUGGACUGCCCGAUUCAGGACCUGGCGGUGGCUCGGGGCCAGCAGGCUCUGUUCACCUGCGCCGUGGGCUUCCCGCUGCCCGGCGAGGAGAUCACCUAUUCCUGGAAGUUCGCCGGACAGGGGCUUCGGACUCAGGACAUGACGUACUUCCUUGACAUCCCCGGGGGCCGGGGAUUCGUCGCGCGGAUCCGGCCGGUGCAGCCCGAGCACCGCGGGACUUUCUCUUGCGUGAUCGCGCACGACCAGAACCUCCUGGCACGACUCUACUUUUUUCUUAACGUGACGGGCCCGCCCCCGCGCGGGGAGACCGAGCUCCAGGCUGUUUUUCGAGAAAUACAGCACUGGGCAUCGCGAGAUACAGAGAUGCUGGAAGCCUGGAGGCCAAGCCUGGGCGAGCUGCUGGCCAGGCCCGGGGCACUGACGCCUGGCAACCAGCGCCUGCUGGGCGCCGUGGCCGCCUUAGCUGCAGCGACGGUGACUGUACUGGUAUGGUGAGUUCCUAGGGCCCAGCUUCCCGCUCUCCAGGGCCCAAGACCUAUUGUCCAGCCCCUUCUCCCUCAGACCUAGGAGUCCGGCUCUAUUCCUCCACCCUCUGACCGAGGAGUCCAGCUACCUCGCCCCUUCUGACUU